CUUCCGGGUAACGCGCCCGUACUGAAGCGUGUUUAGCGCAGAGCUCAGGCGCCGUAAGGAAGUGUGCUCUGGCGCACCGGAAGCUGCCGGAAGAGAGCGAUGGCGGGUUUGACUGUGAGAGACCCUGCGGUGGAUCGUUCUCUGCGUUCGGUGUUCGUGGGGAACAUUCCAUAUGAGGCUACUGAAGAGCAAUUAAAGGACAUCUUUUCUGAGGUUGGACCCGUUGUUAGUUUCAGGUUGGUAUAUGAUAGGGAGACAGGAAAGCCAAAGGGUUAUGGCUUCUGUGAAUACCAAGACCAGGAGACAGCACUUAGUGCCAUGCGAAACCUGAAUGGGCGUGAAUUCAGUGGGAGAGCACUUCGAGUGGACAAUGCUGCCAGUGAAAAGAACAAAGAAGAGCUGAAGAGCCUUGGCACUGGUGCCCCUGUCAUUGAGUCACCUUAUGGAGAGACCAUCAGUCCUGAGGAUGCCCCUGAGUCCAUUAGCAAAGCAGUUGCCAGUCUUCCACCAGAGCAGAUGUUUGAGCUGAUGAAACAAAUGAAGCUUUGUGUCCAGAAUAGUCCCCAGGAAGCACGGAACAUGUUGCUUCAGAACCCUCAGCUGGCUUAUGCUUUGCUACAAGCACAGGUAGUGAUGAGAAUUGUGGAUCCAGAGAUUGCUCUGAAAAUUCUGCAUCGCCAGACAAAUAUCCCAACACUGAUUGCAGGCAACCCUCAGCCAGUCCACAGUGCUGGGCCUGGCUCAGGAUCCACUGUGUCAAUGAACCAGCAGAAUCCUCAGGCCCCUCAAGCGCAGGCUUUGGGUGGAAUGCAUGUCAAUGGUGCACCUCCUCUGAUGCAAGCUUCUAUGCAGGCUGGAGUUCCAGCACCAGGACAGAUACCAGCGGCUGUAACAGGGCCUGGUCCUGGUUCCUUAGCUCCUGGAGGAGCAAUGCAAGCCCAGGUUGGAAUGCCAGGAAGUGGACCAGUGUCCAUUGAUCGAGGCCAAGGAACCCUACAGCACUCGCCCGUGGGACCCGCCGGGCCUACAUCAAUUGAGCGAGUUCAAGUGCCGAUGCAGGACCCCAGAGCCGCUAUGCAGCGUGGGCCCUUGCCUGCCAACGUCCCAACUCCUCGAGGUCUAUUAGGAGACGCCCCAAAUGACCCACGUGGAGGCACUUUACUUUCUGUAACUGGAGAGGUAGAGCCUAGAGGUUACCUGGGACCACCUCACCAGGGUCCACCCAUGCACCAUGUCCCUGGCCAUGACAGCCGUGGCCCACCCCCACAUGAGAUGAGGGGAGGGCCAUUAGCUGAGCCCAGACCUCUAAUGGCAGAGCCAAGAGGACCCAUGCUAGAUCAGAGGGGUCCACCCUUGGAUGGCAGAGGCGGAAGAGAUCCCCGAGGCAUAGACACACGAGGAAUGGAGGCACGAGCCAUGGAGGCUAGAGGAUUAGAUGCCAGAGGAUUGGAGGCCCGAGCAAUGGAAGCCCGUGCAAUGGAGGCCCGCGCGAUGGAGGCCCGUGCGAUGGAGGCCCGCGCGAUGGAGGCCCGCGCGAUGGAAGUCAGAGGGAUAGAGGCCAGAAGUAUGGAUGCAAGGGGCCCGGUCCCUGGCCCUAGAGGCCCUAUGCCUACUGGAAUCCAGGGUCCCAGUCCAAUUAACAUGGGGGCAGUUGGCCCCCAGGGAUCCAGACAGGUCCCAGUCAUGCAGGGAGCAGGCAUGCAAGGAGCAAGCAUUCAGGGUGGAGGUCAGCCUGGGGGCUUUAGUCCUGGCCAGAACCAAGUUACCCCACAGGACCAUGAGAAGGCUGCUUUGAUCAUGCAGGUCCUUCAGCUGACUGCGGACCAGAUUGCCAUGCUGCCUCCGGAGCAGAGGCAGAGUAUCCUGAUCUUAAAGGAACAAAUACAGAAAUCCACUGGAGCACCUUGAAAGGUUUUCAAAAAUACCUGGCAACAAAUCGGGAAAUCAAUUCCAUAACUUUGUUGAAAUGUUGCAAAAAGAUGACUUCUGCAUCCUAACCCGUGAAUGACCCAAAUUGGUGCCAGGUGGAGGAUUCCCAUCACCUUCUCUCAGAACAAAAUCAGUUUAUUCUGUUGUCUUAGUUUGUAUAUUUUCUGUGACUUGAAAUAAACUUUGAACACAA